UCAAGUCGUGAGAGUGGCUUCCCUUUGAUUGUUCACACAUGUGUUUUUUUGUUUUGGUUGAUCUUUUCAGACUGUUCAGUAACUAAUGAUCAGUCAAAUAGUUUUGUCUCAUAUUGGUACGGAUUUGAGACUCAUUAUGUAUUUUUCUUAAAAUCAUCAACAUGAGACAGGUCAAAUUGUGACAACUUUGAUAUCGUAGGCAGAUCACAAGAUUCGAUAUCUUGUAUCAGUAUUUCCAGAUCAGCUGAGAUCAUGGCAUUUGUGUCAGCAGCAAGAGUUGCCCUGCAUAAUGUCCUUCACCUUCAUGGUCAAGUGAGGCUGCUGAGGCUGACCUACAGGAAGGCCAGUUUGCAUGGAGUGUGCAUUUCCCAUGUGCGCUGUCUUGCAUCAACGAAGAACGGUCCAAGUAUCGGCAACAGUCUUCAUAAUGAUACGACCUGUAACACGGAUAAGAUGACUCCAGAUCAAUCUCCCACUUCUAUGGAACCACCUGGCAUCCGCCAUGUUGAAGAAACUGAGGCUGAUUCUACAAACUCUAUGCCAUCGGCUAAUGUAAGCCAAGCCCUGAACAGACGAUUUGGUAUGGAGAAUCUGGAUCACUUACAUCUGGAGCAGACAUCGAGUGAUGGCACAGACAGUGAUUCUGAUGAUGAAAUAAAGUCAUCAUGGACAUUUGAAGAAGAAAAUAAAAGUGUAGAAUUAUCUAAUGCAGAUUUGGAUAGAACAAAUUUAAGACAGAUUUCACAACAUGUGGUGGAACCACAAUACCAUUUAGCUGCUUAUGUCAGUGAAUCCGAAACUCUCUCCCAGCUUGUGAGACUGGGUGUUGAUCUGACUCAGCUUCAGAGAGUUAAGGGUGCGGCUGAUAUGAUCAUUAAGCUGGAUUUUGAGACACAGGUUAAACCAUACCUGUUAUUUUUGCAUGAUAUUGGUGUGACUGAUUCUCACCUAGGAAAUUACAUUUCUAAGAACCCUAACAUCUUUAAUGAAGACUUAGAGGACUUGAGAGUGAGGAUAAACUAUUUGGAAUCAAAGAAAUUUUCAAAAGAGUCAAUAGCCCGCAUUGUAUCAAAGGCUCAUGUGUUCAUACUGAUGCCAGUAAAGAUGGUCGAUGCCAAGCUUGGGUACUUGCAGCAGGAGUACCGACUGACAGGGAACGAGGUGAGGGCUGUGAUCACAAGACUGCCUAAGCUGGCCACAUGGAAUCUCCAAAAACUCAAGGAUAACAGAUUCUACAUCAAGGAAUUCCUUGGAUUUUCUGAUGCAGAAUUAAAACAGAUGCUUGUGAAAUAUCCCAAGUUAUUUUUGACCAGCAAGCAUGACCUAGGUAGAAAGUUUGACUACCUGUACAACACGAUGGAGAUGUCCCACAACACAUUGGUGGAGUGGCCACAGGUGUUCCGCUGUCGUCUCCACAUCAUCAAACAGAGGCAUCAGUUCCUGCUGAGUGUGGACCGGGCUCAGUACAACCCCACCAAGGAGAACUAUGUUUCACUGCAUGCUCUAGUCACAGGCUACGACCUGGCCUUCUGUGAAAAUGUGGCCAAAGCCUCGGUGAUUCAAUACAACAACUUUCUGAAAUCAAUUUAGUUUGCAUUGUGGCAGCAUUGAUUAUCCAGUGCAUUAUAUCUCCAUUCUAUUUUGAUAAUCCCCAGGACCAAUUUGCUACAAAAGCUUCAUUAUGAGCGCAUUUUGAAAGGCACAAAACUAAAAAAGCCGUGUAUUAAUGAAAUUACAUGAGCAAAGGAUAUUAUGUACUAAGUCAGGGCUCCUUUUAGCUAUAUAAAACAUACACAAGGGCAACCUAUUAUCCCCUGCCAUGAAGUGGGGUGGGGGGUAUAGGAACGGAGUUCGUCCAUCUGUCUUUCCAUCCAUCCGUCUGCUUAUCAAAAGGGAAAUCUUUUCUCAAACACUAUUUAAGUUAGAGAAAUGAAAUUUUUCUCUCUGAUAUUACAGGUCAUGAUCUUAAAUGAGUUAACAAAUUGUUGCUAAAAUUCAUGUUUUACAGAGAUAUGCCCCUUGCUCUGUGCUUUUCAACUUAGUGCAUACUGUGUGAAAUGGGGACAGGUUUUCUCAGAACUACUGAAAUCACAUGAAUGAAAGUUUGCACGCUUAUCUAAGAGAUACUUGUCAAGAAAAUUAAAAAUUGGUGCCUGAAAAUUGUUUGUUUUUUAUCAGAGUUAUGGCCCUCGCCCAUGCUUUUCAACUGAGUGCAUACUGCAUGAAAUGGAUUGAAGUCAGUUUAACUAAAAGAUAAUUACCAGGACUGAGUUGGAGAAUUGGUGCCAUAAAAUUAUUUUGUCCAGGGAAAGGACCUUUUUGGUGUUUUAAUUUCACAUUUAAUCAUUCUUUCUGAUGACAAAGCAACCCUAGUGCCUAUCUCUUCUCAAGGCUAUACAGGACUUUUAUUCAUAGUUUAUCUUCACCAUUAUAUGAACAAAUAAAAUUUUAACGGCUCCAUGGUGGGGUAUAGUGAGAACGCUGUUUUCGUGUUGAAAAAUGCAACCCAAAAUUUAUGUCUACCAGUGCCAAGCGCACGCAAAAAAGAUUAUGUGCACAUGUUCCUAUUAUGGUUUACAGCAAUACGUCAUUAAUGUAGGUGGCACUGUCAGCAGACUGGCCUAUUUUUCAACUUAAAUAAAAUUAUGGGAUGCAUCCUGGUUUUUGUGUCAACAUGCACCUGGUGCAAGUUAAAUCAAGUUCCUUAAAUGGAACGCUGUCAGUUAGAGAUAGGAGUGAUGAAGGCGGGGAUAUCACGUCUGUGGUGGCGCUGACGUCCAUAUUUAUAACAGAAUGGGUGAUCCAAGCUGGUAUUGUGGUUGAAAGUAGGGCUGGAAUGAGUCCAAAUUUACUACCCGGGUACC